AUGGCGGUCACGCCGACUGUGGUCUCGACCUUCUUAUCACAUUACCUCAAUCGCAAGCCUCUCCGACAGCGCCCCACAGCGCACCUGUCCUACGAUGAAGGUCUGCAUCUCAUCAGGUCCUUCCUGGCAUUCGCGUCACACCACACGGUCGAGGAGCUCCAGGCUUUCACGGCCCAAUGGGUGCCGCAUCCGCAAUGGGUCAAGGUCGAGGAGGUUAAGAUCCCCGACGACCAGAUCGCCCAUGCAGCGGCGGUGCUCGAGGCCCAACUGGGCCGGGACGGCGUCCGCAAGGUCGGCGGGCGGAAGUGGUGGCAGUGGAGGAAGCCCAACAGCCCGCUCAAGGCCGAGUGGAUCGAGAUGCGGUCCGACUACAACGAGCGCAAGAGGAAUAACGACCCCGGCCGGCGUGUCAUGCUCUACGUCCAUGGAGGUGCCUACUUCUUCGGAAGUGUCGACGAACAUCGCUAUCAGAUGCAAAGACAUGCUCGGAAGCUAAAGGCCAGGGUGUUUGCGCCCCGGUAUCGCCUCUCGCCUCAAUUCCCUUUCCCGUGCGGUCUGCAGGACUGUCUGGCGGCGUAUCUUCACCUCCUGACGAUACAGGAUCCCAGCACGAUCAUACUGGCCGGUGACUCUGCUGGCGGCGGCAUGGUGGUAUCAAUGCUUGUGGCGCUCCGAGAUCAAGGAAUCCCACUACCUGCUGGCGCUGUUCUGAUCAGCCCUUGGGUCGAUUUGACGCACUCUUUCCCCAGUGUUGCUGGCGAAGCCCCUUUUGACUACAUUCCUCAAUCUGGAUUCCACCACAAGCCAUCCCCAGCUUGGCCACCACCGAACGAGCACGAGUUGGAUCAAUUGAAGAAACUAGCAUUGGAAGAAAAGCGAAAAAAAUCUGCAAGUGCAAACAGCAAAGAUGCCAAUGCGGCACCGAGCAGCGACGAGAUCACUCAAGCAUCGACACGGCUUCACUUGACCCUUGACGGCAAGGAUAUUGAAAUUGAAGAACAAAUUCAAAUGUACACUACGAAUGAGCUUCUGUCUCAUCCACUUGUUAGCCCUGUUAUGCAACCGUCACUCGGUGGUUUGCCUCCGCUACUCAUUAUGGUGGGUGGAGGUGAGAUUCUACGCGACGAACAGAUAUAUCUCGCCCACAAAUGCGCGAACCCCUCUAAAUAUCUGCCUGCGGAUUCAUUGAUGGAUGAGAAGGCAAGAGCUCAAGUUAAGCAAUACAAACCGACAGAUGUCCACCUCCAAGUCUGGGAUGACCUAUGCCAUGUUGCACCGACUCUCAGUUUCACUCGACCAGCCAAGUACAUGUACCGUUCUAUCGCUCAAUUUGGCGCUUGGGCUCUUGCAAGAGCACAGAAGACUGAGAUCGACAUUCUCGAUGACGACCAGAUCUCGAUCAUCUCGAGCUCCGACAGCUCCGACAGCGAUGAAGCCGAGACGAAGAAGGAGGAGAAAGAGCCACCUCUGAAACCGAAUGGGCAGAUCGGAAAGGCUGGUGAUCCCCUGCCCCCCUUCAAGAACCACAUGAUUCGUCAGAGAGUAACCAGGCAUGGCGUUGUCUUCCCCUUGGCCCCUGCCUCGGAACUGCCAGGCUGCAUCAUGGCCAACGAACUCGUUGGUAUUAUCAAACAAGGUCCAGUCCGGAAAUGGCUAGACCAGAAGCAACAGUGGGAUGUUCGCUUUUCUUCCGCCAAGAAGAAGGUCCAUAAGAGAUUCGUCAAGGACUUAAUUGUUGGGUAUGAGGGCUUUGGCGCAGGGGAGUUCCCUCCUCCCAGCGCUCUCGCGGGCCGAAGAAAGAUCGGCGCCGCAGCCUUCGAGGAGAAGAAGAAGACUAAGAGUAUUGGUCUGGCGCUAUGGUCACUAUGGGGCUCUAAGCAUGACGAGAUGACUGUUGUUCGGGAACAGGAAGCCAACAAAGAGCCAGAGGUCAGGACUGCAACCGGUUUAGAGGGCGAGGGCGCAAGGGCCUUCAAGGACAUCCAGAGGCAGGACACUGCGCCUCCUCCAAAUGCUACAAGCAGAAGCAGGUCGCGGAGGAGGACAGUCGUAGAUGAGCACCAGACCGAGGCCGACGAGAAUACCUCGGUUGCUGAGUUGCUUAAACUGAAAGGAGGGGGAAAGAAAGACGAGCCUGCAUCCAAGUCCAAAGCGGACUUCCUAAGCCCAGAUUACAAGCCAGAUAUCGGGAUAUCAGGGAAGAGGCCGUACGUUGACGGCAUUGCUGUGCCCUUCAGCUUGAAUAAGGAGGCAGAAACAGCCAGCAUGCUGACGCUCACCUCAAACACCGAGCAAGCUUCGCGCACUGAUGAAAGUGAAGUGCCGACUCCCAUCGCAGUCAAUGGAGCAGCCGUCGUGCCAGAGCCAAAACGGCCAGGGAUGGAGACCUUUGUCACUGCAGCAGAAGAACUCCCGAAAGCAUCAGCUUCCAAGAAUGACGAAAGCAAGGUUAACGGGACCGCAAAUUAG